UAUAUCCUCAAAAUGGCCCCAAAAACACAAAACGCGCUAGAGUUGUGUUUGGCUCUGGCGGAGCAAGAGCGUUUGAUAACCCCUAUCAAGGAGUCCACCAAACUUGCAUACUUCAGCGGUAUUUUUACAUUUGCAGGGGGUAUUUUGUACGGCCCCCUUGGAUUUUUAUCUGGGGCUUUUUUGGGCUUCAUAGCCUCUCUACUCUUUCUCAACCAUAAAACCGACGAGGUAUUCAAGGACACCAUGGUGGGGUCCGUAAUAGUAACUGUUGUCACUUGUAUUUGUGGACUUUACUUUCGCCAAAAUGGACUGUUGAUGGGUGCUGUCAUUUCAACUGUCCUGAUAUGUGGUUACAGUUUGCCGCAAUUUAAACCAGCCAAGUAUAUAAUUGAGACGGAGCUAUCGGCAGACGAAAAAUAUAUGCUUGGAAGGGACGCCCAAAGUAUAUUGGCUUCAUUGAACAUAAACGACGUGUCUUUACUUCUCAUGAUUGUAUCCAAAUGUCCUGACAUUAAGCAGGCCCUAAUGAACAGGAUCAGUUAUCUUCUUAGAAAGAAACUUAAAAAUAGAAAGUGAAUUUUUGCAAAUAUAUGUUUGUCAUCA